UUUGGUAUCUUACGUCACCACUUUGGUUAAGCCAAUGAGAGCGCUGCUCCACCCUCGACCCACCAAUCAGGAAGCUCCACUGUUGAAAAGAGAAGAUUUGCGGUAAUAUACAUUGAAUUGUCGGUGUUAUCGCCGACAUUUGACGUUAAGAUUGAUAUUGGGAUGUGUAAACAAGGCGGGAGGCCCGCCUCACUCCUCCUCCCGCCCUGCAGCCCGCAGCACCACCAUCCGAAGCCCCGCACACCGCGCCGCCACCCCCGGGAAGGACCUGCCUGAAGGGGGCCUCAGCGUGCCCCUCCGCGGCCCUGCCAGCCCCGCGCCAUAACCCACUGUUCACUUUGCUCUUGGUGCGGUGGUGACCUAACCAAGCGGAGAGUCGACUGAGUGUUUGGACACCUACCCAGGCUGAGCGCAGGUGGCAUCUCGGGCCACACCACCAUCACACUACCGCCUGUCGCCUGCCUGCUGGGACUAACACGGAUCACAACUUAUCCUUGUGUUAACUGCAGGCAGGUACUGCGUAGCCACAGAAGAGCGCAGCGUAUUCUACCUCGAACAUCUUACCAGCGGUGCGAGUAAUUGUAGCGACCAAAAAUUCCCUUCCCGUCUUCAAAAGAAAACCAGGUCGUUAUUCUCUUUCUACUUACAGGAAAAGAAACUCGAGAGCAAUAACGAAGUAGAAAACUGACGCCUCGAAUAAUACAGUAGAACGCAAGCCAUGAAAAGGACAUCGACUCACAUUGAAAGAAAGGAGAGAGCCACUUGACGCCGCUGUCAGUGAAAGACAGACAUCUGACAGGCCGCGGACCACGAGGACACGUAGGCCAAGUAGACGCACGCUACCGCGGCACACCUCCAGUCCUGCUCUUCCUCUUGGUGCGUAAAUUAGGAAUGCAGGGAAAUAGAGAUGAGAGAAAAAUGAGCAGUGAAGAUAUGUAACGAAGAAAGACACACUUUUGAGAAGAAAGAGAAGCAAUUUACGUGCUUAAAACUAAUAUGGAGGCGUACAAACUUUCUGCAUGAAAAAAAAGAAAAAGGCGUGACAUAGGACGGAAAAAUGUUCGCGAGGCAAGGCUGAUAAGAGUCAAGAUAGAAAACAAGGAAUAUUAAAAUAUUCUCGUAUAAAAGAAAUCGAGAAUGACUGGACAAAAAUGUAGGAAAGAGAAAAAUGUGCACGGACAACAGUGAAGUAGAACAGGUAACUUUGAAAAAAGAAAACUGAAAAAGAGUACGUUAAAAACCUUUUUUUUCCGCUGAUAAAAAAAAAGAGACUAAACCAGAAACAAAAUCGAUUGAGAAAAAAAACAUCCACGAAACUUCAUCAAGAUGAGCAGCAAAUCAUUUUUAAUACGGGACCUUUUGGGCGAUGUUCUGGUGAGCGGCGGUCGUCUGGCCCACCACGACACGACCAGCUGCAGCUCACCACGACCCACCACCCCGCCAACCACAGCCACCACCACCACCACCACCACCACCAACACUACAGCUGCUCACCAUCGCCAUACGCCCGACACAGCCCCGCUAUCAGGCUCUCCCGCCCACCACUCAUCGCCGUCCUCGCCCGCUGCCCACGCGCGUGACAAGCAAGAUGAGGACCCGUCGGAAACUGAGCCGCGCCCAACCCCCAGCCCCACACCAACGCCCACACCCCCGCCCACCCUGUUGUUGUGUCCCGCCGGCGUGCUGGCCAGAGCGGCAGUUCCAGGACCACUCACGCCCACUACUGUUCUCUCAACGCCAACGAUGCCUCGCCCACAUACCAGCCCGCCAGCCUCUCGCACGCCUUCGCCUGGUGCAGAGGAGCCACCUGACGAAGGCUAGGCGACGUCUGUGACAAUGACAGCAGAGCAGCGGGCCUGGAAGAGGGCGGCAGGCGAGACACAACACAGGACAAGAACAAGAAACCCCGCCGCCGCCGCACUGCCUUCACACACGCUCAGCUUGCUUACCUAGAGAGGAAAUUCCGUGUGCAGAAGUAUCUGAGUGUAGCC